UUCUAUUUACACCGGAUAUAGAGCUUGUCAAUGUGACCUGCCUUUACCCGCACGCAGUUAUGUUUCAAUAGACGAGAUUAGAUAAAUACCUAGAAAAUGUUUCUCACCACAGUAAACUUGGCGAAGGCAAAAUCCAAGACCAUCCUGGUGCAGAUGGUGAGUGCUGCAGGGACCGGAUACUUCUUCAACACAAAGAGAAACCGACUCAGAGACAAACUGGUGCUGCGCAAACACGAUCCAUUUGUGAACAAGCACGUCCUGUUUUUUGAGAAGAGGAAGAUCAGAUCGAUUUAACCGCAGCACACCGACACACACAGAUGGACAAAAUGAACUUGCAGAGGUUUAAAGGCAUCGUUUUUAUUGCCGGGGAUGGUACAGCGGGUUAAUCUGGUUGACGUGUUUAUGAGAGGAUUUCUUCCUGGAUGGAUAAAAGUGGAACUCCAGGCUUGAACAAAAGAGACUUGAAACCAGAAAAGUGAUGUUAUGUAAGGGGACCACCGCUGCCAUGAUCUGAAGCUGUUCAUAGGUUCAAAAUAAUUAUUUAAUCGGGUGAAUGUACUUUGUGAAAC